ACUAAUUUGUUGGAAUUAUCAUCUACCAAAACUAAAGGAAGCAAAAGAGAUAACCCCCAAGUUCCUUUUGAAUUAAGGAACGCUCCUCCUAUUUUAAUUUGGCGACAUCUAGUUAAACAAAAAGGAAUUGACCCUAAUACUAUUGCUAUUUAUGCUGAUAUAGAAGUUGCCAAAGAAGAAAAAUAUGCCCUGGACUUAGAAUUUCAGAAAAAUUUAUUCAGCAAAGGCAGGUCUAGUCCUCCAGAAAAUACUUACGAGAAAUUUAUUACCGCCUAUAUUGAUAAAACUAUUGGGAGUGAAGUGGCAGUGGAGCAAAUUAUAGGAAGAGUGUUACGACAACCUAAUUGCCGUUAUUAUCCUAGCGAAGAACUAAACAAGGCUUAUUUUCAUAUUCGAGUAGAUGAGAACAAGGUAUUUGAGAAAAUUAUUAAUGAACUGAAUGAAAAAUUAAAAUUAGGGGGAGAUAUUGAAAUUAAGUCUCCUAAGAGAGGAAUUAGUUAUUUAAAAGAUCUUCCUCCUAAACCGGAUAAGAUAGGCAAAAAGAAAGACUAUUCUUUGAAACACCGGCAAAAUAUUGGUAAAGUUCAAAGGACAGAAAAAGAUUUAGGUAAUCCUGAAAUAAUUCAAGAUCGGAUUUGGGAAGAAGAUUUUGGAUUGGCUAAUAUGGUUCCAGCACAAGUUAUUUUAAGAAGGGCGGACAAAGAGUUAAGAGCAGUUGGUGAGGAGUUAAUUAAUACUUACCGAAAUGAAAGUUUAUUGCGAAUUAGUUUAGAAAAACCUUAUGAAGCAAAAGGGAUUAAAGUAGAAAAGAAAGAAACCAAAUACCAACCAUUUAAAAAUGCUAUUCACGAAAAAUAUAGUGGUUUAAAUAAUUUAGAAAAAAGAACCGCUACCGAAUUAGAUAAUUUAGUUGAAGUAGAUAGUUGA